AUGCAUGCUGUUCAGGAAUUGCAGACGAAGAUCAGUGAUUACGAAAAGAAAAUGCUACAUUACGAAAGCAAGAUUGGUCGUCUCGAGAAUGAUACUUUUGACAAGGAUCAAGAGAUCAUACGUGCAAAAUUUACGUUACUUGAGGCGAUGCCAGAACUAAACACUCAAGAAGAUGAAAAUGAUCCAUCUCUUGACAUACCAGCACCAGGACACAUAGAUCCAAUGGUUUUUCAUACGGCCUGCACCAUUGCGAGCCCAUGUAAACCUGAGGAGGACGCAAUGAUGUGGGAAAGAGAAAUUCAGCAGAAGGCUGAAACUCUGUACGAGGAAUGGAGAUCAGAGAUCAAUGAUGGCUUUUCGGAAGAGAGGCCAGAUCUUUCGGGACUCAAAGAGAAAUAUGGUGAGGAGCUCUACAACGCUAUCAAGAUUGCAUGGAUUGAGGCACAAGAAAGUAGAAGAACAGGUGUGCACCUCAAGCCUUGGCACAAAGAAGCUGGAAGAGAGCAAACAUUAACAGAGCUACUUGUUCCACUUGAAGCGCAGAUCCAAACUCUUAAGAUUAAGAACCACCACUGA